AAUAAACAGAAGUGCAAAUUGAAACUCUAUAAAUAUAAAAUGCAUAACAUAUUUAUGGUUAAUUCUUAAAAACAAUAAAAUAAUUUAAAAGAGAAAAUGAAAAUAAGUUAAAGUUUAACGAAAGAGACAUAGAUACUUUUAGAAUAAAAUAUGAAUAAUAAAAAAAACAAAUGAUUCCAUUAAUACAUGAUAUAAAAAUUAAUGUUUUAGAAAGAAUGAAUAACUUUGAUAUAAAUGUGCUUAAAAAUCAUAACUUUCAAAUGCAUUUGUACACAAAUAAGGAAUUAUGUGAAUUAACCUUUAAAAUUUUUGAUAGUGAUAUAAUUUAUAAAAAUGAAACUAAUUUUACAGGCUAAUAAUUAAAAGAAUUCAUAUAAACAUUAUGUUUAAAAUAUAAUGUUAUUCCUUAUCAUAAUUGGACUCAUGCAUUUUCAGUUUUUUAAGUAUAUAUAAUCAUUAAUAUUUUUUUUAUAUACUAAUUUAUAAAUAUAAAAUAGAUGUUUUAUUGCAUUUAUCAAUAAUCUAAUUAAAUUAAAGAGUAUAUAAAACCUUUUGAAUAUUUUUCAGCUUAAAUCACUUGUUUGGCACAUGAUUUAAAUCAUAAGGGACUUAAUAAUAUUUAUAAAAUAAAUAAAAAAUCUUAAGGUAGUCUAAACUACUAUGAAAAUGCUGUUUUAGAAAAUAUGCAUAGUUCUUAAUUAUUUACACUUCUAUAAACAAGCAGCACAAUAAAUUUUUAAAAUAUAUUUAAGAAUAAUGUUAAAAAGCAAAAAAAAAUUAAGGAGAUUAUUUCUUAUAUAAAAAAUAAAUAUAUAUAAUAAAUAUAGGAUCAAAUUUCAUAGUUUAAAAAAAUUUUUAUUUCAAGUAUUCUAGCCACAGACAUGACUUAACAUUAAAAAAUACAUAGAAAAUUCGAAAAAAGGGUUGAAAGCAGUUUGAAAAUAUAAUUAUAAGAAAAUUAAUUAACCGAAUUUGAUAACUUUAAAGCUUUUAAAAAAGAUAAUUUUGAUGAUAGACGAUUUAUAAUAAAUGUAAUUAUACAUGCAUGUGAUAUUGGAAAUCCAUGCUUAUAAUUUAACAAUUAUAUGAAUUGGAGUUAUUUAAUUACACAAGAGUUUCAAGAUUAAAUCGAAAAAGAAAAAUUAAAUAACUUACCCUUAACUACUUUUUUAAUUUACAAAGAUAAAGUUAGCUUUUAUAGAGGAUAAGUAUUCUUUUGCUAAAAUAUUGUUUUUCCUUUAUGGAAAUAAAUCGGAAUACUCUUUCCUGAAUUGUUGCUUUAUUCAAACUAAAUCUAAAAAAAUGUUUAAGAAUUAGAAUAAAGAAUAUAAAAAAUUUAAUGA